AUGAAUGCAACUUACUUGGUACAUUCGUAUGGUAAUUUUUCCUGCUCAGGGUUCUCUUGCCCAGCCACGCCACAGUUCACCUGGGACUCAAAGCACGUUAUUUACCGUCAGAUUGGAAUCGCUGUCACGGCCACUGUUUGCCCGCUGAUCAUAUUUUUGAACAUGCUAGUGAUCGUUGCAGUAAAGAAAGUGAAAGAGUUACAGAAAGGUUCCAACAUUCUGAUCGCAAGUCUGGCCAUGGCUGAUCUUUCCGUGGGCUCUCUCUCUAUUCCCCUUGCUAUCUCUCUGGAUGCACUGUUUCUCCAAGGAAACGCACCAGAAAAUAUCAUUUGCAAGAUAAGAAUGAUCUCCGUCUUUUUAAUGUACUCUGCUUCAGGUGUCUCAUUUUUCCACUUGAUAUUAAUAGCAUGGGAGAGGUAUGUAGCGAUUGUAAAAUGUACAAAGUCCCAAGUGCUACUUGCAAAAGGACGCGUAAAAAGAUAUGCAAUUAUCGCUUGGAUAGCACCCGUUAUGACAACUUUAUUAUAUCUUAUAAUUAUAGCUAUACCGGUAGCCACUAGUUCUCUUUUUGACUUUCACUUAGCUGUUGACGUUAUCUCCUCUCUUGUCUGGUUUCUUGGGAUGACAUUGAUGGUAUAUUUCUAUAGUAUGGUCUGUAUCGAAACACGGAAACGGAGGAAAAUCACAAUCAGACGAGUGAAUUCUCUAAUCAAAGCCUGUAACGAAAGAAGAAUUGCUUUUACUGUGUUUCUACUGACAAUGGCCGUUUUGAUUUCCACUGGUGUAGUGGUUGUGUUCUAUAUUCUAGCGAGAUUUCUACCUUUUUGGAGUUCGAGUUCGGUGCUUCGAGUGGCGGAAACUUUCCUUCAGUUAAACUCUCUCGUGAAUCCAGCGAUCUAUUUCUAUAGAAACCGCCAAUGCAGGAAAGCUGCAAUAAGAAUUUUAAGAUUCGGAAUACCUCACACUGCUGAGCCAGUAGUGCGCAAGGAGCUUCGUGCGAGGCGGAAAUUUGAUUUUAUUGCGUGUUUAGAUGUUGGAGAGCGUAUGGGUAGCCAAAGAGCCACACGUCUGAGACAGUCAAAGGCUUUGGCGGUCGAGACACAUCGACAUAGGUAUUCAUGGUGUGGUGUAUCAGUAUCAACAGGUGUAAAGAUGGAGAGAAGAAAUUCAGCUCCAUCUUAA